AUGGCGAGUGUCGAUCAAAUACCUAUACUACCUGAAACUCAAACUAUUGAACCAAUUGUUCAAUGUGGUGUCCUUUAUUUGGGUACGGCACCAUCUAGUGCUGGUCUUGGCGGUCUUGAUGCAGUUCAAGAACCAUUUUCAUAUCGAUAUCCUGUCGAUGGGACGAAUACAGUUCGAGGUAUUGAUGCAGUAAUAUCCGUUUAUGAUAAUGGUAUUCAAUUAGCAUUUACCCGGCAACCACAUGCAGCCAUAUUUUUUCCAAUAACUUCUCUUAUCUAUUGUGCAAGUCUUCGUUUUUCUGUCAUUGAAAAUGGUCAAGCAAAAUCGAUACCAAUGAUUGAUUGGCGUUUUACGCCUUUAGAUUCAUUAGUAGAAAAUAAUAGUCGACAUCCACCACUAUUCAGUCUAAUUGUAAGACGUACACAACUGUUACCAGGCGAUGAAUGCCAUUGUUUUAUAACUAAAAGUGGUGAUUCAGCAUUUUCACUUAUUCAAGCAGUAUCACGAGUCUAUGCAAAUAUUAAUCCGGGAACUCAAUGUUUAAAAUCACCUAUUUUUUAUCAGUUAGAUCGUUUCGGACGAAAAUUAACUGAAACCAAUGGUGCUAUUUACAUAUCGCCGGCUAAUGAUGACGAUUCACAAUUGGAUCGACCUGGUUCAAAUCGAUUAACAGAUGAGUCUAUUGGGCAACGUUAUCUAUGUAAUCCAAAACUUGGCGGAUAUUUUUAUCGUACAGAUGCAAGUAUUAUUGAAUCAUGGCAAUUGUGGGGUGAUGAUAAUUCAACUGAAACUCGACCGCGUCCACCUGCAUCACCUUUUGGAUUACAUGAAGGUCUUUAUCAUGAUGAUACAACCCAUGAGAUUCAAACAUAUUUACGCCACAUGGAAGAUGAAGACAAAUCUUCGUCAUAUACGUGUUCAAGUAAAAGCUGCAGUUCCCUUAGUUCAUCAUCAACGCAACAUUCUUGUAAACGUAGUCAACGCCGUUCUUAUAAACAAAAAUCAUUUGAUGAUACUGAUCAAUUCGAGGAGUCAUUGUCGAAUGCACAAGCAAGUUCAUUUGAACCAAUUUCAACAUCGAAAAAUAGUCACGUAAGAGAAAAAAGAAAAGCGCCCAUUGUUAUUGAAAAAGUCGUACCGACUGUACCGACAUCAAUACCAAUCCUUAAUCCAAUUUUACCACAGCAACCAUUGGAUAUUUCAAACUGUGAACAAGAAUCAACUGCAGGAUCUCUUUCAAAAUUGGAUGUUCCUUCUUUUUCAUAUCGAAUCAAUGAACAUGGCGAAAAAAUAACUAAAGAAGGUAAUCGUAUUGUAUUUAUGGAUGUCAUCCGGCCGAAUACGAAUAACAAUACAAUUGAUCCACAAUCCGAUAGACCAUCGAAAUUUCGUUCUCGUUCACGACGACAAUGGCAACCAAAACAUAUACCUGUCAUUGAUAUUCAAAGUGUUCAACGAUUUAUUGAUGAAAACAAUUCUAAAAAUCAACGACAAACAAGUGCAAGUAUUAUUAAUGAUAAAUCAGUAGACCGUGCGAAUGAUACAACUCCUCGCCUAAAAACAACGGAUAUGACGGAAAUCAUCGAUGAAUAUUUUAAAGAUUAUAAUGGGCAUAAAACAAAGUUAAGUAAUCAUGAAACUCAAUCAAUAGAUGACCGUGUCAAAUCACCAAAUACGCAAAAACCUCGACGGACAGCUAGUAUUAUUUCAUCAACACAUAGCUCUGCAAAUGGUAGUCUUCAUCGUCGUAGUCAGUCGACAGUAAAUGCUGGUGUGAAAGUUAAUUAUGUUAGACGUAGUACAACUUCGUCUACAUCUUCAAUAGUUAAACCCAUAGUCCCCGUCUUUAGUGAUGAAAAACUUGAUGAAUAUAUAUCAAAUAUUUACGGAACAAAUCGAUCAAUUACAUCGAAAACAUCAUCAAAAAAUCGUGAAGAAAGUAAAUCAUCGAAUAUUCCUACGACUCUAAAUCCAACAUAUAUACCCGCAUUUCGAUAUAUGCAAAGUAGUGUUAAUUCAAAUUUAUUUCGGGAAUAUUAUAACGCAUAUUAA